UAAGCAUGAAGAGAUAUGAAUUGCCUGCUCCUUCUUCUGGCCAGAGGAAUGAUAUAACUGCAUGGCAGGAGUGUGUUAACAAUUCGAUGGCUCAGCUGGAGCAUCAGGCUGUUCGUAUAGAGAAUCUGGAAAUCAUGUCUCAGCAUGGCUGUAAUGCCUGGAGAGUCUAUAAUGAAAAUCUGGUUCGUAUGAUUGAAUCGGCACAAAAGGAUUUGCAGAAGUUAAGAAAACGUAUUCAGGACUUGAAUUGGCAGAGGAAAAACUCGCAGCUUACAUCUGGGGCCAAACUGAGAGAAAUGGAGUCAACGUGGGUAUCUCUUGUGAGUAAGAACUAUGAAAUUGAACGUGCAAUUGUGCAGCUGGAGAAUGAGAUCAAUCAGCUGAAGCAAAUGGAUGGAGAGAACAAAGAAAAUAUUGAGAAUUAUUAAGUCUGUGGACGACUGAUUCCUUUCCGCUUCACCCAUUCCUCCAGUUCUCCAAAAUAUAUAAUCCAAUUGUAGAUUAAUGACCAUCUCAGUGUGCGUAUGUCUGUGCUACAGCUCUGUGUAAGUCAACCAAUUUCGCCUAGUCUUUCUAGUGAUGGUCAACCUUACAAACUUGUGAAAAUGUCCAUCUUUGGAGUUGUGUUGCAAUAGUGCUGUUUGUAGCUCAGCAUCAACAGGACACAAUAAUUGCUUUUUUGUCUUUUUGUUAGAAAACUUGAAUAAAAUUAUUUUGCUUUGUGUAAU